AGCGCUGGUGGCUUCAGGUGGCUGCCGCCGCCGCCGCCGCUGCUAGUGCGGUUUCCGCCGCCGGUGCGAGGAGCAGAGACGCGCGAGCGGGGAGACCUCCGAGGCAGCGAGGCAUCGGACAUGUGUCAGCACAUCUGGGGCGCACAUCCGUCGAGCCCGAGGGGAGAUUUGCAGGAACAAUUCAAACUGCGAUAUUGAUCUUGGGGGUGACUGUCCCUGGCCGGCUGUCGGGUGAGAGUGCGAGUGUGCGCUCGCUCGGGAGUGUGUGCGCGUGUGUAUGUGUGUGUGCCGUGUCGGGCUCCCCCUUUCCCCCCCUGUUUUCCCGUCGAGUGAUGCACUUGGAAUGAGAAUCAGAGGAUGGAAAUAGUCUGGGAGGUGCUUUUUCUUCUUCAAGCCAAUUUCAUCGUCUGCAUAUCAGCUCAACAGAAUUCACCAAAAAUCCAUGAAGGCUGGUGGGCAUACAAGGAGGUGGUCCAGGGAAGCUUUGUUCCAGUUCCUUCUUUCUGGGGAUUGGUGAACUCAGCCUGGAACCUUUGCUCGGUGGGGAAACGGCAGUCACCAGUCAACAUAGAGACCAGCCACAUGAUCUUUGACCCCUUUCUGACACCCCUUCGCAUCAACACCGGGGGAAGGAAGGUCAGUGGGACCAUGUACAACACUGGAAGACACGUAUCCCUCCGCCUGGACAAGGAGCACUUGGUCAACAUAUCAGGAGGGCCCAUGACAUACAGCCACCGGCUGGAGGAGAUCCGGCUACACUUUGGAAGUGAGGACAGCCAAGGGUCGGAGCACCUCCUCAAUGGACAGGCCUUCUCUGGGGAGGUGCAGCUCAUCCACUAUAACCAUGAGCUAUACACAAAUGUCACAGAAGCUGCAAAGAGUCCAAAUGGAUUGGUGGUAGUUUCUAUAUUUAUAAAAGUUUCUGAUUCAUCAAACCCAUUUCUUAAUCGAAUGCUCAACAGAGAUACUAUCACAAGAAUAACAUAUAAAAAUGAUGCAUAUUUACUACAGGGACUUAAUAUAGAGGAACUAUACCCAGAGACCUCUAGUUUCAUUACUUACGAUGGGUCGAUGACUAUCCCACCCUGCUAUGAGACAGCAAGUUGGAUAAUAAUGAACAAACCUGUCUAUAUAACCAGGAUGCAGAUGCAUUCCUUACGCCUGCUCAGCCAGAAUCAGCCAUCUCAGAUCUUUCUGAGCAUGAGCGACAACUUCAGGCCUGUGCAGCCACUCAACAACCGCUGCAUCCGCACCAACAUCAACUUCAGUUUACAGGGGAAGGACUGUCCAAACAACCGGGCCCAGAAGCUGCAGUAUAGAGUAAAUGAAUGGCUCCUCAAGUAGGGAACAAAGCCGAGAAGAAUGCCACCUCAGUGAAAUGCUACAACUGUGAAUUGACGUAACCUAGAAUGUCCCCCCUUCUUGCUUCUCUCUCCUUCCUCUCCCCAAGCCUCGUUCACUCUUUGGAUUGGCCCUUUCUUCAUUAAAAGUGUGCACAAAACCAUGGCAGAGGAAUACAUCUCUUACACACACUCACAAACAUUUGCACAUACAUACACACACACAUCCAAACAUACCUACACACAUAGACACUCACAACCUCCGUGAUGGGAAGUCAAGUUUCAGAAACAAAAGGCUCAUUCAUAAAAGGUCUUAGAAGAAAAUAACCUGUUAACCUGAUUACAAUUUUGAUACUGUUUUCCUGAACUUAUAAACCUACUCAAUGAGACUUUUCAGCCUUUGUACAUACACAAUUCUUCCACAAGAGAGAGAGGAGAAAACAGCUCUGACAGCAUCAAACGGACUUUGCAUCAUGUAAUCUCAGAUAGUGUCCCAAGACCCUCUGAGGGUGCUGGCAACAGGGGAGCCAGGACAAAGUUGACCAAGGACACUUAUUUCUAGAUUAUGAUUCUUCUGUUUACUCAACAAUUUCAAAAGAAAAAAAAAAAAAAGGACAGACAUUGAAGAGCUACACAUUGUGUAUAUAUAUCACCACAGACUAUAAAGAAAUGGAAUUAUUUCCCUCUUUGUCACAUAUCUGUAGUAGGAUUUGCCAAGAUCAGAACUGAUCCAUUUGCUGUUUCCUGUUUUCCAAAGGUCAUACAUUGUGUUUGGUUAUUGUUAACAAGCUCAAUAAAUGUGUUUAACGACUUAAUUUCAUUUUUCUGGCUUUGGUCUGUUCUCCUUCCUUACAGGCUAAGCCCUGGCUCCAUGCAACUGCAUUCUUUGAUUUCACUAAUUCCUUCAUCUACAUGUUUUGUUCAUUGGCAGCCCGGUUUUUUGGUUUGGUUUGGUUUGGUUUUGUUUUUGUUCUUUACCUAAGUUUGUGGCAAUCAGGAAUGCAUUUGCUAAGCAAGUAUAACUUUAAAUUCCACUCCAUGGCUCGAUCAUUCACAAGAGGUGAGCUUCAGCCUGAGAUAACAGGCAACAGAUCCCUUGCAUUUCAAAACUGCCAUCCCCCCACCCCCCACCCCCGCUGUGAUGCUCCCGUGAAGGAAUGAACUUUGCCUUGUAAAUUCCUGGGAAAAGGGGUGUCUUCUCUCUCCAGGUACAGCCAGAUUUCACAAAGUACAAAAGAAUGCCUUUCUUUUCUUGUUUAUAAUGGUCACUCACUGUGUUUGGUUACUGUCAAGAAAUCAAUAAAUGUGUUUAACAAGUUA